UGGGCCUGUGAGUAACAGCUGAACACUUGUUAAGAAGACUGGGGUCUGGACUGGCCACGGGGCUUGCGCUUUGAAAGCACAAUACGUCUUCUAGCCACUCCGGGAGAGGGAGCCAGCAACAACAACACAAUCAGCGCAGCCAAGGAGACCGGAGAAAAACUUUCCCCCAAAUUCCCGACUCAGAGAGGGGGAGAAAAGAAGGGGAGAAGCGCCAAACAAAAGCAUUCUUAGCUUUCAGCAAAACAAUAACUUUGGGAAAAUAAUUUACUUCAAAUACAAAUUCAAUGAGAUAGGCGUAACGGAACGCGUCUCCAGCAAGAAUCCGCUACUUUUAUUCAACAUUCUGAUUCUGAAUACUUAAAACCACGGAUUGAGUGCUGCAGCAACACUGAAUGAAACAAAGUUGCGUCAAAAAAACAGAAUGGAAACGAAAAUGCGAAUCACGUGGGCACUUAUUCCACUUGGUUUUCUACUUCACUGUACUCAUGCUGAUCCAACACCCUCUAAGUCUUCAGAUUCCAUGGAGAACACCAGAUUCUCUACUGCCACUCUAACUUCCGAGGUCGCCACAUCCACUAUCCCCCCCACUCUAAUCAGUGAGAUCGGGACUGCACCUCCCAACCUUACCGUACCAACUGUGGCCGCGCUGAGCACCUCUACCUCUGGGAGGUCCAGUGGUAAUGUGAUGUCCACCACCAUAACUGCUGCUGGAACGGGCUUCACUAGCUCCUCAGGAACCCCCACUGAGACCACCACGCAAUUCACUGGGUUCUCAGGAACCCCCAACCAGACCCCCGCACACUCCACUAGCUCCUCAGGAGCCACCACCCAGAUCACCCCGCACCCCACUAGCUCCUCAGGAACCCCCACCCAGACCACCGCACACUCCACUAGCUCCUCAGGAACCUCCACCCAGAUCACCCCACAACCCACUAGCUCCUCAGGAACCCCCACCCAGAUCGCCACACACUCCACUAGCUCCUCAGGAACCCCCACCCAGACCACCCCGCACUCCACUAGCUCCUCAGGAACCCCCACCCAGACCACCCCGCACUCCAAUAACUCAUCAGGAACCCCCACCCAGACCACCCGGCACUCCACUAGCUCCUCAGGAACCCCCACUCAGACCCCCCCGCACUCCACUACAGCAUUCACACGGGUUGGUGGGGGAUAUAGUCCAACCCUUACAAUCCCAUGGUCAAGGUUGUCCUCUCCAUCCCAGCAACCCUCCACCUCCAGCCCUGUGGGUUCAGGAAGCAGUUUUGCUUUCACCACAACCCGUGCAAAGGGAGGGAUGGUGUUAACAACCACGGCUGAGACUACAACCACGAUGACCACUACCAAGAGCUUUACGUUUGUCAUGCCCAAAGGAAAUGAAGAGAAUCAUGAGAGGAAGGACCUGGAGAGGAAGGACCUGGAGGCGCUGUGUCGACACCUGAUGUCUCAGAUGCAAGACGCUAACUGUACUCUGACUGUGAGCGAGAACAACGGACACACUACCUUUGACAGCGUGGUAGUGACCGGCAAAGUGAACAACUCUGUCGUCCAGCAAUACUAUGAGGAAAUCACCAGAAAACCAAGUGACAACAUGACCCUGAUUGCCAUUUUGGCGUCCUGCGGAGCUCUGCUGGCCAUGAUUGUAGGCUUCGCCCUCUACGCCGCAUACCACCGCAAGUCCUAUCGGAAGAACCACCAACAACACCUGACGGAGGAGAUGCAGACGGUGGAGAACGGUUACCAUGACAACCCCACGUUGGAGGUGAUGGAGGUGCAGCCGGAAAUGCAGGAGAAGAAGGUGGCUCUGAACGGAGAGUUCAACGACAGCUGGAUUGUCCCCAUCGACAACCUGCUGAAAGAGGACAUGCCAGACGAGGAGGACACUCACCUGUAGAGGGGGACUGGAACAGACAGGGGUGCUACUAUAAUCCCUUGACCAGCUGACUCGCCCUUCCCUGCACCGCUACAAGGGCCCUGUUUAGUAGAGGGUUCUAGCUCCAAACGUUGCAGGUAGAAAUGUAUUCUAUAUAGAAUGUAUACAACCUUAAAUAAUGGGAUUUGAGAAAUCGCACAAUUGUGACAGUUCUAUGCAAUGCAUUUCUAUCCGCAACACUUUUAAUGUUCCUCCCCAUUGAACCAGACCCAAGGCAACAACACACGGAUGCCACCUGACAAAUCUGGAAAAAAAAUAACACCCAGAGGAAGACAGGAUCUGGAAACCCACCCGGCCUAAAACGGGUGUCUGAGUCCCAUCGCUGCGGCCAUGGAAAAGUAACAGGGCAUUUGGUGGAUACUACACCAAUCAACAUUGUGCCUAGUUUUAGGAGAUAUUCAAUAUUUGGGAAAUGUAACUCUCAAACAUACACAAUCCCAUUUUAAGAGCCAUUGAGUGUUUAAGGUACUUGAUGUUCCGCUACAUAGUUAUUGAUUUAAUUGGGAAAACCAAACAGUCAAACCACCAAUAUUUCAGGGUGGAGUAUAUGAACUAAAAUCUGCAUGUUCUUUAUGCUGUAAUCAAUGUAAUCCCCAAAAGUUUAUUGAAUUGUACACUUGAGCACCUGUACAUAGUAUUUUCUUAUAUUUUAAGAGAAAAUGGAAGCUGAAACUUUGUAAAACUGUAACACUACUUGCCUUUAUGGUUAAAUCUCAAUAGUAUUGAUUUAGAGAAAAUGACGUCAGGAUAAAGUGAAAUAAUCAUCCUGGUGAAUGAAUUAAACUACUAGUGAAUCUCAGCUCUGAGGACCUGGCAGUGGCUGCUGUAUAGAAGCCAUAUACUGGUGAAAUAACAGGGUCCCUGGAGACACUGCUGGGACAGGAGCUUCUACAGAUAUGAAGGGGAAAACUGUAAAUAGUCAUUUGAAAGUUCGAAAGAAUUUUACCUAGGGCCGGUUUCCUGGACAUAGAUAAAGCCUUGGACUUAUUAAGAGCCCUUUCAACUAUGCUUUUUAGUCUAGGACUGGGGUUACUCUACCAGUGAAGCUGGACCCUAAAGAUACAGCUGAAGUCGGACGUUUACAUACACUUAGGUUGGAGUCAUUAAAACUUGUUUUUCAACCACUCCACAAAUUUGGCAAGUCGGUAAGGACAUCUACUUUGUGCAUGAGACAAGUCAUUUUUCCAACAAUUGUUUAGACAGAUUAUUUCACUUAUAAUUCACUGUAUCACAAUUCCAGUGGGUCAGAAGUUUACAUAAAUUAAGUU